CCGCGUUGUUGUGAGCACAGAUUCUGCAUAUGAAUCGUGACAAUGAAGAUAGCACCGAUCGUGCUGUUACUCGGAUUGAUUGGAGUCUGUCUGGCGGAUCCAUUUAUGCUGCUCGGUGACGUUUUGCGACAGCAAAGGGCACUGGCACGAAACUUCAGGAGAUACCAGCGCAACAAUCAAGCAAUUCUGAUGGGAAAUGAACCUACGGAUACUCACCACAGGUCACAUCACGUGGGACGUCACCUAAGGCAUCACACGAGACAUCACGCCAGAAAGCAGCGUAAGAAGGAUUGGAAGACGAACAAGUAUAUGCGAUUGCACUUUUUGGCGUCGCGACUCCAUCAGCGGGGGCAGCAACGUCGGCUGCAACGGCUGAGAGAUUGGGGAAAGUGGUUUGGAUAGGCUGACAACAACUACACCAAAAAGUAGCUAUUCUUCAAA